AUGAGUGGCUGGGGAAAUUCUGAACUGUGAGUAAUGUAGGGUGAUUCAUUUUUCCACAUAAAUGAAAUAAUGAAUGUUGCAGUUGGGCAGUUGCGUCUUUUUUUUUUAUGUAUAUGGUUUCUUUGGCGAUGUUGGAAUAUUACUAUGUUUGCGUUCAAUACGACUGCAGCAAAAUGCAAUGGCCAGGCAUCACAACGACACAGGAAAGCAUUAUUUAGGCUAAAUAUAAUUCAAAAGGGCAUUCAAGAGAGUCAUUGAGAUUUGAAAGCACUUUCAGAGGAGAGAUAGGAUCAUUUAUUUUUUUACCUUCAGUUUUGUUUUUUCUCACUUCUGAUUUUCUAUUUUUCUCUCUUAAGUGAAGUGACCACCAGGGAAGGAGAGAGGGUGGAAUUGCGUGUGCAGGACGAGACCAUGCUGGGGUGUGAGGGAGGGGCAGGGGUGCGGCGGUGGCUGACCCUGGUCACAGGGCUGCUGGAGUGCCUGUGUUUUGCGGGGGCCAUGUUCGGCUGGGCCUCCCUGGUGUUAGUCCUGAAGACAGAAGGCUACUUCAGCUACCUGUGUGUCAACAUCACCGGGGUCAAUGGAAUGCAAUUCCUAGGUCAGUGACUGAGACAACUCACUGUCCCGUUUGGAACACAUUCUCAAAAAAUUGUAUUUUUAUGAUUCACAGUAGAGCUUACAAUACAAAUAAAUAUCUCAUGCAUACACACACACACACACACACACACACACACACACACACACACACACACACACACACACACACACACACACACACACACACACACACACCUGUCCAUACUGAUAGCUCUCUGACUGCCUGUGUGUGUGUGUGUCAGACUGCAGUGGUCAAGAUGAACAGUUCUCCCUCAUCUUCACCAUCGCUUCCUUCAUGAACAACUUCCUGCUGCUGCCCAAUGGGUUCCUGUUCGACCGUUUCGGCACCAUGGUAGCCAGGCUGCUGGGAAUGUAAGUAUUUUUUAUAAACAUGUUAUAAAGCAUCACUAAGCUGCACAGGGUUCAUAACCUAUAUUAAACCAUGAUUGAUGGUUAGAUGUCAAUUGUAGUAACCAUAACAAUCUGGCAAGAGACAAUUGACAGAGAGAAUGCAAAACAGUCAAAUGCAGUGGUGUCACUAAAACACAGCUAAAUGAGCCUUGUCUUAUCUUAACUUGAGACUGUAACUUGACCUUUCACGCAAAUGUUCCAUUGAUCUCAACCAUUAAUUUGUGCUUAGCCUUGAGUUACCCGCAAGGAUUUGGCAUUACGUGAAGACAGUAUAUUAUAAAGUCUUGUUAAAAGUUAAAGAAUCUGUUCAAAGUUAAUGAGGCUUUAAUAAGUGCUUAAUCUCAUGGAAGUUGAGAUUUCUUUGUGUCUAGUCUGUGAUACCUAAUGUGAUUGAUUUCAUGGGUGUUAGACAGAGACCUUCAAAGAAGAACACAGUGCUAUGUAGCAACACUGUUACAAGAGCACUGUGUUCUUCUUUGUCUGUCUCUGUCUAACAGCCAUGAAAUCAGUGCAUGCUAGUAGCGUUUCAAUCGGUGACGUCACUCGCUCUGAGACCUUGAAGUAGUUGUUUCCCAUGUUUCCCACGGCUUUUGUGGAGCGACGGGUAACGGUGCUUCGAGGGUGACUGUUGUCGAUGUGUUCAGAGGAUCCCUGGUUCAAGCCCAGGUAGGGGCGAGGAGAGGGACGGAAGCAACACUGUUACACUAUCAAGCAGCCUCCAGCUGUUAUCGCCUUAGCCAUAACAGAGAACCCUCUGUCUGUCUCUCUCUUUACCACUCUCUCCAACAGUUUAUCUCUGUCUCUGUCUAUCUUUCUCCUUAGUUUUGGUAUCUAAGUGACGGUAGAAAGCAUGUGGGUGUACUCUCCAGUACUAAGUCACUCUUUCUCUGGCUGUCACAUCCUGGUAUUCGCCUUGGAGGGGUUCCCAUGUCUGAUCAUAAUAACAUGUGUGGAGUAAGCUCUGGGAGGAGCAAGGGAAAGGUGAAGUGUGUGUGUGUAUGUUUGUGUGAGUGAAAGAGAGAGAGAGAGAGAAAGAGAGAGAGUAGGCAGAAGGACACAAGAAAUAUAGUGACGGGAAAGAGAGCCCAAAGGAAAGUGGUGGGGCAGGGGGUGAGUUGUCUGGGCUUCUAGUUUCUUGUUGGAGUAGAUUGGACUCAGUGCUUAGUUAUCCAAGAGAGUGUGCAAGGCAGAGCCAGGGGGCGGUGUCUAUGGAGAGCACUGCCAGAGGUUAGGAAUGGAAACAGAGAGAGGGAAUGUGAAAUAAAUGGAGAAAGAGGACUGAAGUUGGACAGGGUGGUAGAGUGUGUGUGUGUGUGUGUGUGUGUGUGUGUGUGUGUGUUUGUGUCUGCGCUUGCCUGCUUGAAUUCACAUAAUGGUUGUGGUCACUUAUUCUUAUUCUCCAGAUCACUGUACACCACUGGUGCCUUGUUUGUGGCCUUUUCAAAUUCAGGUAAAAUCCUUGACUUUUCUAUAGUGUAAUACUAUUUGAGAAAAACAGGUUUGAUGGCACAGCUUACUCAAACACCUUGGAGUUUGAUACCAGUUUAUCAACAGUUGGAAGAUUGUUACACUUUCAUCAGCAAUUCGCAAGAUCUCAAGAGGGAUUAGUCUGUUCUUUAUUUCUCUCAGCUCUGUCCUCCCUCCUAUUCCCGGCGCUGUCCUUCAUCGCUGUGGGAGGCAUUUUGUUUGUGGUCACCAACAUGCAGGUCUGUUCUUUCAUAUUUAUUACCUCCUGAAUAAACAUCAGUCAUGUACACAACAGUCCUCAGGGUUCUGUCAGUAAACAAAGAGGACCAUGACUGAGAACACACCCUUGAUGUAACCAUGGACAACCUUGCCUUGGGUCAUACAUUUGCUUACGUUUGACUUGGGGUUUUGUCAGUCUGUGGUGUGUACUGAUGAGAAGCAUGAGACACUAAGACACAGAGGCUCAGCAAGUUACGUCUCCCCUCUCUGUGACUUCCUGUAGAUAGGCAACCUGUUUGGUUCCAAUCGCUCCACCAUCAUCACCCUUUACAAUGGUGCCUUCGACUCCUCCUCCGCCCUCUUCCUCAUCAUCAAGGUAACAUUGUUAAACACACCCACCCACAGAUGAUCAGUUGAUAGCUGUCCAUGUGUUAAUUAUGAUGAUGAUGAUGAUUCCAUCCCUCCUGUCUCUCAAGCUGCUAUUUGAGGUUGGGAUCUCUCUGCGUGCCUCUUUCCUCUUCCUGGCUGCGUGUGGCGUCAUCCACCUGGUCAGGACCUUCCUCCUGCUACCCAGAACACACAUCCCCUACCCCCUCCCUGAGGGCUACACCUACGGGUAAGAACACAUCCCCUCCCCCUCCCUGAGGGCUACACCUACAGGUAAGAACACAUCCCCUACCCCCUCCUUGACGGCUACACCUACAGGUAAGAACACAUCCCCUACCCCCUCCUUGACGGCUACACCUACAGAUAAGAACACAUCCCCUACCCCCUCCCUGAGGGCUAUACCUACGGGUAAGAACACAUCCCCUACCCCCUCCCUGAGGGCUACACCUACAGGUAAGAACACAUCCCCUACCCCCUCCCUGACGGCUACACCUACAGGUAAGGUGAAAAAUCUGUCGAUGUGCCCUUGAGCAAGGAACUUAACCCUAAUUGCUCAUGUAAGUCGCUCUGGAUAAGAGCGUCUGCUAAAUGACUAAAAUGUCAAUGUAAAUGUAAGAACACAUCCCCUACCCCCUCCUUGACGGCUAUACCUACGGGUAAGAACACAUCCCCUACCCCCUCCCUGAGGGCUACACCUACAGGUAAGAACACAUCCCCUACCUCCUCCCUGAGGGCUACACCUACAGGUAAGGUGACAAAUCUGUCAAUGUGCCCUUGAGCAAGGCACUUAACCCUAAUUGCUCAUGUAAGUCGCUCUGGAUAAGAGCGUCUGCUAAAUGACUAAAAUGUCAAUGUAAAUGUAAGAACACAUCCCCAACCCCCUCCCUGAGGGCUACACCUACAGGUAAGAACACAUCCCCUACCCCCUCCCUGACGGCUACACCUACAGGUAAGAUCACAUCCCCUAACCCCUCCCUGAGGGCUACACCUACAGGUAAGAACACAUCCUCUACCCCCUCCCUGGGGGCUACACCUACAGGUAAGAACAAAUCCCCUACCCUCUCCCUGAGGGCUACACCUACAGGUAAGAACACAUCCUCUCGCCCCUCCCUGAGGGCUACACCUACAGGUAAGAACACAUCCCCUACCCCCUCCCUGAGGGCUACACCUACAGGUAAGAACACAUCCCCUACCCCCUCCCUGAGGGCUACACCUACAGGUAAGAACACAUCCCCUAACCCCUCCCUGAGGGCUACACCUACAGGUAAGAACACAUCCCCUCCCCCCUCCCUGAGGGCUACACCUACAGGUAAGAACACAUCCCCUACCCCUCCCUGAGGGCUACACCUACGAAUAAGAACCCACAGAUUAAGACAGAAAAAAUCCACAGCACAGGAGCUGGACAGAAAAUACACCCAGGGAAAGAAGGGAAUACAUGUCUGCUCAGUGUUUGUUGCUCUUAGAAGAAGGUCCAACAAAUACUAGAGACCCCAGCACACCCCCUGUGGGUCUGGUCUGUCUGUCCUCCAUGUGUUGACUCUAACCAGUGUUGCCAUUACUUCCUGUGACAGGAUGAAGAGCUGUGGCCAGACCAAGACCUUCAGCCCGGAGCAGGCAGCAGCCAAUGGCAACGUGCAGAGUGAUGAUGUCAUGGAGGAAAUGCCUUUUAAUAAGGAGAGCGCCGAGAAAGGUGUGUAGAUUUAGGUUACCUUGAUAUCAGCUCUGGUUGUUCCCUUGUCCCAUAUAUUCAUGAUUGGUUGACCAUACAGACCUUGUUUACUACAAUAACAUAAUCUGUGUGUAUUUGUGACUGAUUUGACCUCCCUACCCCCUCCCCUUCCCAGUGGCUACUUUCUGGGAGUGUUUCCUGUCCAAGUUCUUCAUCUGGCACCUGGUGUGGCUAUCGGUCAUGCAGCUGAGGCACUACCUGUUCAUUGGCACCCUCAACCCCAUGCUGCAGAGACUGACCCAGGGAGAGCCCUCUCUGGGUAUACACACACACAACUGCCCAUUGACAGACAUUAUCGUACAGUCUUAACCGUUUAUAAAUAUCUUACUGAUGUUUAAUAAUGUAGACUUAAAGUGUUACCCUUUAUUUUAAAGUAACUGUCUAGUGUUUCCAGAUUUCUAUGAAAUAUGACCUAUAAUUAAUUACAAUAAUUGAAAUAGUUUUCCUUCCAAUUUUUUUUAAUUAAGUAUGUUAAAAAGCAGCUUUUCUGUGUUGGAAUGGUGUGGCGUAUAGCGGUCAUAAAACAUAUUAAUGUGUGUAGACCGCUGAAUGGCCAGCUCAUCCUUCUCAGGAGGAUGACAUCAUCCUCUAUUAGGAAAUAGCAAGCAUUUUUGAAACAGUCUGUUUGAGAUGGGUGUUUUUAGUGUUUUUAUGGCCACAAAUACGAGUAUAGGACAAAUCAACAACAUUAUUUGGGAAUGAGUUAACAUAAUAUGAAUUUUUUAAAGUGAGAUUUUCACUGGACAGUUACUUUAAAGUGUUACCCUUCUCUCUUUCUAAGCAUGUCCUUAUUCCGCUCUGUUUGUCCCUGCAGUGAGCACAUACACCAAUGCGUUUGCUGUGACCCAGCUGUGUGGGGUGCUGUUUGCCCCAUGGAACGGCCUCAUCAUGGACCGACACAAGGGCAAGCCCAGGACCCCAGGUACGAACCUCACCUACACACACUACUACAACCCCCCUACAACACACAUGUGAAACCUCACACACUCACAUUACAAACCAAACACACUAAGACCGUUUUUAGACCUGUACCAGCGUCGUCUUUCACAGGUCAUCAAAUAUGUAUUUCUCCAGAUUUUGUAUAUGUUUUUAUUAAAUUUGUAUUGCUCUGCUAUUAAUAUUUUUACUGUAGGAACAUUUGGCUUGAAGAGCCUCUGACUUUACAUUACUGCUCGGAGGGGGGUAAUUGAAAUGGUAGUGUCGGAGGUGGCGUAGAAAAGACAGAAUUGAUACGAGAUUUGCAUCUUCAAACUACUGAAAUAUGUGUAUAGGACGGUAUUUGUAAUGAUGCUCUAAACCAGGGUUCUUCAAUUCCGGUCCUGGAGGGCCGAAACACCUCUGUUUUUCAUCCUCUCCUUCUAAUCAGGGGCUAAUUCAGACCUGGGACACCAGGUGAGUGCAAUUAACUACCAGGUAGAAAUAAAAAACAGAAGUGUUUCGGCCCUCCAGGACCGGAAUUGAAGAACCCUGCUCUAAACUAACUUCCAACACCAGAUCUAUGAGAACUGCUGCAUUCUCUGACCCAGUAAUCUAACUAUGUGGGGGGCAGGGGAUGGGUGUAAAAUAUGCAUGGAGUUUGUACACACAACACUAAUCUUAUCUGUGUGUUUGUGUGUGUGGGUGUACGUCUGUGUGUGGGUACGUAUGUUUGGUGUGUGUGUGUUUGGUGUGUGUGUACAUACUGUGUAUGUUUGGUGUGUGUGUGUGUAGGAGUGAGUGAGAAGGAGGCAGACCUGCGUGCGUCAGUGCUCUCCCUGACCCUGACGGCGCUGCAGUGUGUCCUGUUCUCCAUCUGUGCCUCCACUCCCUUCCUCCCCCUCCAGUACCUCACCUUCAUCCUGCAGGUCCUCAACCGAUCCUUCCUCUACGGAGGCCAUGCAGCCUUCAUCAGCAUUGCGUGAGUCACACACACACACAAACACACACACACACAUAAACACACAAACACACACAAACACACACACAAACACACACAAACACACACACAAACACACACACACACACACACACAAACAAACACACACAUAACAUAAUGGAAGAGGAUAAUGGGAGCGCAGAUAGACGCCCACACCUUCUUUGUGUCGUACUUGUGUACUGAAGUAACAAAUCAAUUAAAUGAUCUCCUUUUCCUCCCCUCUCUUGCCUUCCUCCCUCUCUCUCUCUCUCUGUAUAGUUUUCCUCCCUGUCACUUUGGGAAGCUGUAUGGUAUGGUCAUGGCUCUGUCUGCAGUGGUUUCUCUGCUGCAGUACCCCUGCUUUAUCCUGGUCAAAGGAGUGCUGGGAGGAGACCCACUAUACGUGAGUGGAGCUACUGUUAUCAUAAUUACCAGAUAUACUACCUUUACCAUUGGCAGUGUCGGGGGAAGCAACUUUGACAAUAUAGUUUAACAAGUUACCAAAUACUUCACACUGGAAGAAGUUAAACUACACUAAAGCUACCCUUAAGAAAAAUAUAGUUGACUUAACUAAAGUUACUUUGUGAUAAAUUAUCAUAUCUAAAUUUGAAAUGUCAUAGACUACAAAUGGCAAGAACAAAUCACUCUGGAGUCAGAUGUUAACAGAACGUGUAAUUUAGCCUAUUAAACACAAAAACUGUUUCAAGAGAGAAGUAGGCAGGUCUGAUGCUGAAAAAUAAAGGAAAUUCCUGCCUACUUCACCCAUAUUUUCUUUUUGCAAACGUACUGUGUUGUUCCAGUAGUUAGCUACAGUGUCGGGGAGUAGUGAUGUAGUCCAACUACUAAUUAAACUACAUUUUCCAGUAGCUUGGUGGUAGCUGAACUAAAUUCAAAUCUUGGUAGUGUUUUCAGAUGUUCAUUACUUGUUUGCCAUGUAGCGGUGUAGCUAACUACUAGAACUACACACUACUUUUUUAGCAAAAAUAAAACACUGGCACCUUAGAGGCUGCUGCCCUAUAUACAUAGACUUGAAAUCACUGGCCACUUUAAUAAUGGAACACUAGUCACUUUAAUAAUGUUUACAUAUUUUGCAUUACUCAUCUCAUAUGUAUAUACUGUAUUCUAUUCUAUUCUACUGUAUUUUAGUCUACGCCGUUCCGACAUUGCUAAUAUUUAUUUAUAUAUUCAUAAUUCCAUUCCUUUACUUUAGAUUUGUGUGUAUUGUUGUGAAAUUGUUAGAUAUUACUUGUUAGAUAUUACUGCACUGUUGGAGCUAUAAACACAAGCAUUUCGCUACACCCGCAAUAACAUCUGCUAAGCAUGUGUAUGUGACCAAUAAAAUUUGAUUUUGAUUUGGUAGAGCUUUUCAGCUGGCAAAAACCUUUACCAUUAUGUUCUAAAGUAGAGUUAUUGCAAAGUGGUGACCCCAUCUCAUUUUCCCCACCUCCUCACUCUCUUUCUUCUCUCUCUUCCCUCUACAGGUGAACAUAGCUCUGACGUUAGUCAGCCUGCUGGCCUUCAUCCAUCCUGUCUGUGUCUACCUGCAUUGUCGUGGCCUGGCAGCCCAGAGGGGUAUACCCAAGGACUCCCCUUCCUCUUAG